GCGACCAUAGACUGACAGCAUGAUUUUCAGAGUUAGAAGUUGUCUCCAUCUUUUAUUAGGACUUUUCCUUGUAACGGGUCUGUGUCUUGCCCGCGAACCAGAUGCUCCCGCUGAUCAAGGAGCCGGUUGGGUGGUUAGUGUUGUGAUUGGAAGCAUGGUCUUUCUCUGUAUCCUCAUUGUCAUCAUUGUCUGCUGCGUGUGUAAGAAAUCGGUCAGUAAAGAUAUCCUCAUCCAUCCUGCGGAAACUGUUGAUCGGGACGUCUAUGGUCUAAACAAGAGUGUGUACCACGUGGAUCACAUGCCCCACCAUCACGAGCACCACCAUCCCCACGGUCACAGCAGUGGUGUCCACUAUGACCAUAAUGGUCAUCAAAUUGGUCAAAACAGUGGACACGACAAGCAUGUUCAUGUGCAGCCCAAUGGUAAAACACCACACGUCCAAAUUCCUUCAAUUUCUGUGUCGUAUCACUCACCGGAAGUGUCUAUGGAUCCUACAUUAACGGCGCAUGACCAGGAAGCACAGGCGGAACAAAGCGUUCCGACGCCUCUGUCAGAUAAUACCGCUGAAACCAUUCCACCAGAAAACUCGUGACUUUUAAUUUCUUUUUCCCGGACUAAGAUCUCAAACAAGAAAAUUAGAUUGUUCUUCAUUAAACAUACGUGCAUUAAUUUAUUUAUGUUUACGUAGUUAUGCAUAUGCAUACAAUCAUACUGGUUAUAAUACAUUCAUCAUUGGAUGACCAUGUCAAUACAUGUAUAUAACAGUACGGAAUGCUGCUGGCAUUUAUAUUGACUAUGAAUGACACGACACGACGUCAAUCAGUGUUAAUACAUGUUUAUGAUUAGAUCUAAGUCCGUGAUAAUACAAACGAUGGAAACCAAUUAACCGUCCUGGAAGACGGUUGUUCUAUCUAUUGAACCGACAUACACAAUUCAUUCAAUUUGAACCGAAUAUUUUAUUUUAACUAAAUAACUUGUAUGCGAUUAAAAUGUUCCAUGAAUUCUAACCCCAAAAUGUUAAAGUUGGCAUCUAAAGUUUAUGCGAAUGCCAUCUGAAAUUUUCAAAAUGAAGUGCCAGCUUCAAAUGGUUCCAGAAAUAAAUAUAAUUGUGUAUUUCAAAAUCAUAUAAACCGAUUGCCAUAUGUCGUAAAAAUGCAGUUAGUAUGGCGCACUCAUGUGUAUUGUAUGAUAACAGAUUGUAUUCUGAUGUUUUUUUGAAAAAAAGCCCGUCUAUGUAUCAUAUUGUUUAUUCAAUAGUUCAAGACUGCUGGUAAUCUGUAUCUGUAUUAAUGCUUCCACUUGCCGCUUAGAUAAACAUAUGUAGAUGUCUCCUUAGCAAUUCGUAGUGUGUUAGAUCUACAUAUGUAGAUGUCUCCUCAGCAAUUCAUCGUGUGUUAAAUAUAACUGUGUUAUAUUUCUCAUCAGCAAUUCAUCGUGUGUUAGAUAUAACUGUGUUAUAUGUCUCCUCAGCAAUUCAUUGUGUGUUAGAUAUAAUUGUGGUAUAUGUCUCCUCGGCAAUUUAUUGUGUGUUAGAUAUAAUUGUGUUAUAUGUCUCCUCAGCAAUUCAUUGUGUGUUAGAUACAAUUGUGUUAUAUGUCUAAUCAGCAAUUCAUCGUGUGAAUUCAUCGUGUGUUAUAUGUCUCCUCAGCAAUUCAUAGUAUUUAAGAUAUAUUUUGUUAUAUGUCUCCACAGCAAGUCAUUGUAUUUCAGAUAUAUUGUGUUAUAUGUCUCAUCAGCAAUGCAUAGUAUUUUAGAUAUAACUGUGUUAUAUUUUUCUACAGCAAUUCAUUGUGUGUCAGAUAUAAUUGUGUUAUGUGUCCCCUCGGCAAUUCAAUGUGUGUUAGAUAUAAUUGUGGUAUAUGUCUCAUCAGCAAUUCAUCGUUUGUUAGAUAUAACUGUGUUAUAUGUCUCCACAGCAAGUCAUUGUAUUUCAGAUACAUUGUGUUAUAUGUCUCAUCAGCAAUUCAUUGUGUGUUAGAUAAACUGUGUUAUAUGUCUAAUCGGCUAUUCAUUGUGUGUUAGAUAUAAUUGUGUUAUAUGUCUCCUCAGCAAUUCAUCGUGUGAAUUCAUCGUGUGGUAUAUGUCUCCUCAGCAAUUCAUAGUAUUUAAGAUAUAUUUUGUUAUAUGUCUCCACAGCAAGUCAUUGUAUUUCAGAUAUAUUGUGUUAUAUGUCUCAUCAGCAAUGCAUAGUAUUUUAGAUAUAACUGUGUUAUAUUUUUCUACAGCAAUUCAUUGUGUGUCAGAUAUAAUUGUGUUAUGUGUCUCCUCGGCAAUUCAAUGUGUGUUAGAUAUAAUUGUGGUAUAUGUCUCAUCAGCAAUUCAUCGUGUGUUAGAUAUAAUUGUGUUAUAUGUCUCCACAGCAAGUCAUUGUGUGUUAGAUAUAAUUGUGUUAUAUGUCUCCACAGCAAGUCAUCGUGUGUUAGAUAUAAUUGUGUUAUAUGUCUCCUCAGCAAUUCAUCGUGUGUUAGAUAUAAUUGUGUUAUAUGUCUCCACAGCAAGUCAUUGUGUGUCAGAUAUAUUGUGUUAUAUGUCUCCACAGCAAGUCAUUGUGUGUUAGAUAUAAUUGUGUUAUGUGUCUCCUCGGCAACUCAAUGUGUAUUAAGAUAUAAUUACGAUAUAUGUUUUUUUUCAUUAUUUUAGUGUGUGUAAGUAGACCACGCCAUCCUGCUCAUUUGGCCGUUAAUGUGAUGGUAAUAGAUGUGCAAUCCAAGUAUUGCUAUAUAGGCAGUCUAAUGAGUUAGUUGUGUGAAUCAUAAAUGUUCAACGGGGAAAAGGUGAGAGGAGAAGCGUGAUGUUGAACACUCUUACGGGUACAAAACGAGGUAGCAUUGUCUAACGGUGAAGAAGCGAUUUCAGACUUCAAUGAUGAUGUCACACUUUCUAACCUGGACGUAGCUACAUGUAUUAAGUCAAAAACCAGAAACAUCUGACAUAAAUACCUCCAUAACUACACUAGUUACAUGUAUCACUAUUUUUCUCCGUUAAAUAGCUCUAUUUGUCUCCCUAGACACCACAGAUAAGUCUGUCGUUAGAAUAAUAUGACAGGAUGGAGGGCCAUGUUACCGUGCCCAAGUAAAUAACAUUUUGGUAAGACAGAACUUUAAAGUGGUUCUUGAGAAGUCCAUCUCCUGUGGACACUGUCUCGUGUGAUAACUGUGGCAAAGACACAAGAUACCAAACGGUAUGAAAUAUCACAUAUCCCUAUAGAUUGAAAAUCCAUGUGUUGGCGAUGGACAUAUAUUGAUAUAUUCUACGUUAUUAUAAGUGUAGUCUUGUAUUUAAAUAAGUUGAUGUUGUAUAUUCGUUUCCAUCUUUCAUCAUUGUA